AUGCCCGGCAAGAUCCGAACUGCGCAAACCGUCUCUCUGGAUAUUCCAGCUGCAGAGCAACCAGCCUUGCAUAACCGAUGGCAUCCCGAUAAGACUGUCAAGAUUGAAUGUGUCGAUUGGACCGGCGGUCAGAUCGGGAAUAAUGACAGUGCUGAGGAUGUGCGCACCGUGGAUCUAACCAAGAUCCAUUACUUGACCGGUCCAUUCGAGAUCAAAGGCGCUGAGCCAGGCGACCUCUUGGUUGUAAACAUUACGGAUGUCCAGCCAUUCGAUCACUCACCAUGGGGAUUCACGGGCAUCUUUGAUCGCCAAAAUGGCGGCGGUUUUCUUGAAGAACACUACCCAAAGGCUGCCAAGGCGAUCUGGGACUUUGAUGGCAUAUAUUGCACCAGCAGACACAUUCCCGGAGUGCGAUUCGCCGGCCUGGUUCACCCGGGUAUCCUUGGGUGUGCCCCGUCAAGGGAAGUUUUAUUCGAAUGGAACCGUCGCGAAUCUGAUCUCAUCUCGGCCUGCGUCCAUAGCCAUCCCAACAAGACAGUUGCACAGCCACCGAUUGUGAUGAAUGCGCACGCCGGCCAAGCCACUGGGGAUCUCAAAAUGAAGAUUGCUCGCGAAGGAGCAAGGACCAUUCCUGGACGGCCAGAGCACGGAGGAAAUGUGGACAUCAACAACAUCUCGAGAGGAUCGACGACAUACCUUCCGGUCCACGUCCCUGGCGCCAGCUUUUCAGUCGGUGACCUCCAUUUCAGCCAAGGUGACGGAGAGAUUAGCUUUUGCGGUGCGAUUGAAAUCGCUGGAGUCAUCACCAUCAAGUUCGACCUCAUCAAGAAUGGCGUCCAAUCGCGAGCUAUCAAGAGCCCCGUUUUCCGGCCGGGCGAUGUAGCCCCCCAUUUUGGCCCUGGUCGGUACCUUACGUUUGAAGGCUUCUCAGUCGAUGAGAAUGGCAAGCAACACUUUAUGGAUGCAACGGUGGCUUACCGGCAGGCUUGCCUCCGCGCGAUCGAGUAUCUCAAGCAGUUCGGGUACUCUGGAGAGCAGAUCUAUCUUCUCCUAUCGUGCGCCCCCAUCAAAGGCGCAAUCGCUGGCAUUGUAGACAUUCCCAAUGUUUGCACAACAUUGGGAAUUCCCAUGGACAUAUUCGACUUUGACAUCUCUAUUGAGGCCGUGCCGAAGAAGCGAGACCUUGGAUCUUGCCCCAUUUCAAGCGUCUAA